GCACAGGCGUGACGUCAGGGGCAUAAUGGAGGACCCGUAGCAAACGCGUCGGUUUGAGGCAGCGGCUGUUCUUCUGUGCGGCUGUUUGUUGUCCUGGUUUGUUCUUUUAUCUCUCCUGGUCCCGGUCUCGAGCUUUAAUCGUCGUCUGCUCCUCUGGACUCACACAAAAUGCCGAAUAUUAAAAUCUUCAGCGGGAGUUCGCACCCGGACCUGUCGCAGAAAAUAGCGGACCGUUUGGGGCUGGAGCUGGCCAAGGUGGUGACGAAGAAAUUCAGUAAUCAAGAGACAUGCGUUGAAAUCGGGGAAAGCGUGCGCGGGGAAGACGUUUACAUCGUCCAAAGCGGCUGCGGGGAAAUCAACGACAACCUCAUGGAGCUGCUGAUCAUGAUCAACGCCUGCAAAAUCGCGUCCGCUUCCAGGGUCACCGCCGUCAUCCCCUGCUUCCCCUACGCGCGCCAAGACAAAAAGGACAAGGUGGGGAGCCGGGCGCCCAUCUCUGCCAAGCUCGUCGCCAACAUGCUGUCAGUGUCGGGAGCGGAUCACAUAAUUACUAUGGACCUGCACGCCUCGCAGAUACAGGGAUUCUUUGACAUCCCCGUCGAUAACCUGUAUGCAGAACCAGCUGUGCUAAAGUGGAUUAAGGAAAACAUCCCCGAGUGGAAAAACUGUAUCAUAGUGUCACCUGACGCAGGGGGAGCGAAGAGGGUCACCUCCAUCGCAGACCGGUUAAACGUGGACUUUGCGCUUAUUCACAAGGAAAGAAAAAAAGCGAAUGAAGUCGACCGCAUGGUGCUCGUGGGGGACGUGACCGGCAGAGUGGCCAUUUUAGUGGACGACAUGGCCGACACGUGCGGCACAAUCUGUCACGCAGCUGAUAAACUUAUUUCAGCCGGUGCAACCAAAGUGUACGCCAUCUUGACACACGGCAUUUUCUCCGGUCCAGCGAUCACCAGAAUAAACAACGCGUGUUUUGAGGCGGUGGUCGUCACUAACACCAUUCCUCAAGAAGAAAAGAUGAAACACUGUCCCAAAAUACAGGUCAUCGACAUCUCCAUGAUCCUCGCAGAAGCCAUCCGCCGCACUCACAACGGAGAGUCUGUGUCGUAUCUGUUCAGCCACGUCCCGUUGUAAUGAACACGCACCAAAUGAAGAAGCCCCGCCCCCCCCCCCCCCGCACCGUCUGCAAAUACGCCCCAACUAACGAUAGAAGUGUAUCUGUUACUAACCCUUACCUCAUCCCCUUUAGACAUCGACAUGUGUUCAGGGCACCAAAGUUUAUUGUUACUGAAUAUUUAUUAAUACAGAGAUUUUUAUGUAAGUGGUUAUUUGCUGUGUUCUCGUUUUUGCGCAACGUUUCAGAAAGCAAACGCGAUCUGAUCUGACUUGGCCGUGGUCAGGGGAGGAUCUGAGAGGCUGUUACGCACCGUCACGUUUGUCCUCUGUUUUGAGAAAGUUUAAUUAUGAAUGUGAAUGUUUUAUGAAAUAGUUUACAGUGCCACAGAAGCUCCGCUGAGUGCCUCAUUUGUCUGGGACCAGGAGUUUUCCGGUGCCGGACGACGUUAUGUAGUAGUAGUCGUCGUUCUGAAGGUUUUUCCUCAGAGGUACACGCCCGGGGUGGUCUUUACGGCAGGUUUUAGUGCAGGGUUUAUAGUGCGGCAGGGUCUGUAGUGCGGUAGGUCUAUAGUGCGGUAGGGUCUCUGCAGGCUGGAGCUUCCUCUCAAACUUGUGACUUUUGUUUCUCUUUCUGUUUCGCUUUCCCGUGAGCUCGGAUGAAGAAACAAAUUGUGUGUGCAUUUUAUUUUUUCAGACUUUUGUGUUUGUUUGUUCCGUAAGUAUAACAUUUAUCUGAAACUCUGUUCAUAAAUAAAUCCAAUAUCCAGAAACUG